AUGUGGUCGCGUUUAGCGAAGACAGCACCUUCCAAAAAUUGGACUACUCGUGGCCGUUCGAUUUCCACACAGAUAAAGGACCCGAAGAACUUGUUCUCAUUCACGAAAGGGCGUUGGCUCUAUAACAACGAUAAACAACUAGCUGCGAGACAUGUCCCAUUCAACAUUUCCGCUCUAGCGGAUAUUGGUGUCAAAGCUGCAGAAGCGCGCUACUGCACAUCCUUUGAGAAACUGGAUGAAGGGCUUUUCAACCGCGCAUUCCUCCUUCGGUUCGAUAAUGACAAGGAGCUCAUUGCUCGUAUUCCCUUUCCUGUUGCUGGCCCCAGGCAUUUUAUGACAGCCAGCGAAGUCGCAACAAUGGAAUAUAUUCGCACAGAGCUUGAACUGCCUGUCCCUCGUGUCCGAGCGUGGAGCUCUCAUGCGGAGAGCACAGCUGUUGGAACAGAAUUUAUCGUCUACGACAAGGUACCAGGGGUUCCUCUCUGGUCGCGUUGGUGGGACCCGGAGGUCAAAGGCAUAGUGGCCAUGAAUAUUAUCACGACCAUUGUCUUCUUCGAGCGAGUUAUGUUGGAUAAGCGUUUUUCGCAGAUUGGAAGCCUUUAUUUUAAGGAAGACCUACCGUCCUUCCUGCAAGAUCGCACACUUUACUCUCCUAAAGUCACGUCUACUCCAAACUCCGAGCGUUUCCAUAUUGGUCCAAGUCUCUAUAGAGAGUUCUGGAGAGGCGGACGAGCUGCGCUGGAUAUUGAUAGGGGACCUUGGCCUGAUAUUCACUCAUUUGCACAUGCUCUUUCUGCCUGUGAGCGAGCUUGGUUGAAGCAAAGGCCCGAGGCGACGUCACCGAAGCAUCUUGCCCUUUUAGACGACUAUGACAAGCUCGUGCCCUUCCUCAUUCCUGCCAUCACGCCAUUCACGCUGUGGCAUCCAGACAUGCACAGGGGCAAUAUCCUUGCCACGGAAACCAACCCAUGCGAAAUUACAGGCAUCAUUGACUGGCAAUCCUCCCUUGUCGGACCUUUCUUCAUGCAAGCGACGCCGUCCCCUCUGCUUCAUUACUCCGCGAGCCCUUACGUCGACUACACACCCGGAAGCUCUACGAACCCAAAAUUUGCACCUGGGUAUGAAGGUCUAAACACAGAGGAAAGAAGAAUAGCGGAUCGUGCGCACAAGGCAGCCUUCAGGGCAAGGGCUUACGAACUGAAGAUGAACGAAUUCAACCCGGCCAUGGCUGAUGUCGUGAAUCAAGCACCAAUGCGCGAACUGUCCAUUCAGCCCAUUCGUGCCAUCACCCGCGGGACAUCGGAGGGCUUACUAGCGAUACGGGAUGCCCUUAUAGAUGUGUCUGACUAUUGGGAUAUCAUUGUGAGGUCGCAUUCAAAAGACCCGUCCACAGUGCCUUGCCCUAUCCACUAUACCGACAUAGAACGCGAGCGGCAUAUGGCUGAAUAUGAAAGCCUCAUCAAACCAUGGAGGUUGCGUGAAACUCUUCAUGAACAGCUAGGUCUCGACCCUGAUGGAUUUGUCUUGUCAGAGAAGUAUGAGGAGGUGAAGGAGGCUCAUGAUAUGCUACGGGAGAAGUUGAUCAACGAGGCGGAACCAGAGGAAAAAGAGUGGCUUUAG